CUUGAAGAUGUAAGGAAAAAAUUGGCAGAAGGACGAGAUGACUGGGAAGCUGAAAAACUUUUAUUUAAACAAAAUGACAUACAAAUCUACCAUAAAGACGAAAUUCAUUAUAAAUUAGAGAAGAUCCAAGUUCCUGAAUCUGAUAAAUAUAUAAUCUAUGUUGAAAAUUUAUUGAAAAAGGUCAAAGCUCACAUUGACGAUAGAAUAUUUACUUUCUCAUUGGACCCUGGAGAUAAACUUGAAAAAAUUCGAAUAAUACUUUUAGGCAAGUUUGUAAAAAUAUUUAACAAUGAAGUUAUCGAUUUCAAGUUUAGAUGGAAAGAUGGAAGAAUUGUUGAUAAAUUUGAAGAGACAUUAAAUAAUUUGGAGGAAAUUUUGGUAAACGGUAAUGAGUUAUAUGUUUCUACAUUACAAGAAAGUGAAAUAACUAUCUAUAGUAGCCAUACUGGUGCCGUUAAGUCUUUUAUAUUUACUUUACAUAAAGGAAAAAAACUUACUGAAAUCAGAAAGGAACUUGAAGACACCUGGAAAGAGCAUCGUCAUCAUUAUAUGUGCCCGGACUGUUGUUUUCUAAAUCGUGAAAAAGCACGAAUUCCUAAAUCCAAAGAAGAUAAAUUAACUUUAGGUGAAAUAUUAUUAAUUCAAAAUGGUCAAAAUGUCUUAAAUAUUCAUCGAGAACAUGAUAGCAAUGAUUAUGAUCUAGUGAAACUAAUAAAUAAAUGUGGAUAUGGAUUUAUUACAAAGAAUGUCUCGGUAGAGCAAGCUGAAUAUCGUGCAUUUACAAUAACAGAAACACCAGAUCAACACGUUUUUGAAAACAAAUAUGAAGAGGACACGUUAAAAUGCAAAACCGAAUUUCAUGAAUUAUGUGAACGAAACUUUAUCACAUUUGGAAACACUACUUCUAUUCUGCCGUGGGUUUCUGUUUUUUUUGGAGUCAAUAGGGAAGUCUCACUCAAAAAAUUAGAAAAUUAUCAAAAAGCUAUAGAAUAUUCAUAUGCUAGGGUGAGACGAGUGUGUAUAAACAUUUCGAAGAAUAAUACUAAAGAGUUUAACGAUGAUGUUGAAAAAGCCUUAGAGGAAAAGGCUCAAGAUAAGAAAGUGGAAAAUCUUAAACAAAUCGCAGAGAAAUACGGCUAUUUCUAUGCAAGCUCAGUAUACUUUGAUAUGACGGUCGAAAUUGGUUUGCAAAUGGUUAAAGCAGAUGCAAGUUCUACUUCAAAAACGGGUCAAAACAGUAAAACAGAGACGAGUAACACAGAAUGUUAUCGUAUGAUAAAGGGGGGAGAUAUUUCAAAAUCUGAUCGUUGCGACUGGAUUAAUUCACUUAACGAUCCUGAGAAAUGGGAUAUAAUUGAGUAUCAUCAUAUUAAUUCAAUUUUUAGUUUACUGAAAAAUGAUUUGCAAAUAAGAGUAUUGGAAGCCUUGGGAAAAAGAAUUUUAAGAGUUGAUGAAAUUAUAUAUCCAACAGAAGAAGAGCGAUAUAUUCAUAAAUUAGCAGGAGAAUUAAAUGAUAUUCCUAAUAUUAAUGAAUGCCAAAUAUUCACCACGAUCAUAAAAGAAAGAAAAGAUAGGCAUAUAUUUUCUUAG